CACAGCUGGCUGCAGGGAGGGGGUGGCCAGGGCUGGAAUUUCGGAGGCCUUUGGCUUCUUUCCAUUUCCAGAGAAAUACAUUUCCCAGGAGAGGCCUGGGCGGGGAGGUCCCCGGCUUCAGGGCUCCCCCCGCCUCUGCCCUGUCCCUGAGCUGGCAUUGCAUGGCUGGCUCAAGAUGAGCUUAGCUCUUCAUUCCUUCUCCACUCUCCCAGAGAUGCCUGCACCCAAAGUCCUUUCUGGUUCUGGGCAGGUGCCCCAGCUCAGACAGCCACUGCCCCCUGCUCUCAGUGAGGGCAGAGUGCCAAGUCACCGGCCGUUUCUGCAGGCGAGCCAGGCUGGAGGCCUCACGACCUGUCCCCUCGUGACUGAGAUUGUUGGCCAGCCCCAGGCAGAAGAAGGGGGACCGCCAUCCCCUGUGACCGGCUCGUGGAAAAGCUCGUCCCCCUGCAGAGGAAGGAAGGACUCCCCGCUGCUGGAGCCUCCCUGCGGGGAGGGCGGCCGAGGAGAGGAGGCCCUCGCGGCCAACCCCCUGGACGUCUCCCGCCUGCGCAGCUCCUCCGUGGAGAUUCGGGAGAAGGGCUCUGAGUUCCUGAAGGAAGAGCUGAGAAAGGCUCAGAAGGAGCUGAAGCUGAAGGAUGAAGAGUGUGAGAGGUUGUCCAAGGUCCGAGAGCAGCUGGAGCAGGAGCUGGAGGAGCUGACCGCCAGCCUAUUUGAGGAAGCGCACAAGAUGGUGAGAGAAGCCAACACAAAGCAGGCAGCAUCCGAGAAGCAGCUGGUGGAGGCCCGAGGGAAGAUUGACAUGCUGCAAGCAGAGGUCACAGCCCUGAAGGCCCUGGUGAUCACUUCCACCCCGUCUUCACCCAAUCGAGAGCUUCACCCCCAGCUCCUGAGCCCGUCCAAGGCCAUGUUCCGCAAGGGACAUACUCGCAACAAGAGCUCCAGCGGCACCCUCUGCCCGGCUGUCUGCCCGGCCACCGGACACAGCAUCUCCUUUGAGCCCGUCGGCCACGAGAGCAGAGAGGUGGACACCAUCCUGUUUGCUGAAUUCCAGGCCUGGAAGGAGGCCCCCACCCUGGACAAGAGCUGCCCCUUCCUGGAGAGGAUUUACCGGGAGGAUGUGGGCCCUUGUCUGAAUUUCACCAAACAAGAGCUUUCCGAGCUGGUUCAGACGGCUGUGGAGGAAAACACCCUGACCAUCGAGCCCGUGGCCUCGCAGGCACUCCCCGUGGUGAAGGUGUCUGCGAUCGAGUGUGGAGGCCCCAAUGGCUUCCGGGCCCAGAUCAUGACGAAGUGCGCUCUCAGCGGCUUGUCUCGGACUUGCCGACACCGCAUCAGGCUGGGAGAUUCUGAGAAUUAUUACUACAUCUCUCCGUCCUGCAGGGCCAGGAUCACGGCUGUCUGUAACUUUUUCACCUACAUUCGCUACAUCCAGCAGGGCCUGGUGCGGCAGGACGUGGAAUUGAUCUUCUGGGAGAUAAUGAGGCUCCGGAAGGAGAUGUCCCUGGCCAAGCUGGGCUUCUACCCGAAUGAGGUUUAGUGCCAAGGCUGAGGUCACAGCUCCAGGGAGACAGAUGGACACGCAGUUGUGGGAGAGGGCCGCUGGGCUGGGGGCUGCUCUGAUUGAGGCAGAAGGACAUGAUGGAUGGGUCUCUGUCCUCUGAAGGUUUCACCACAGAGGACUGCCACCAGCAAGGAGGCCCUGGAGAAAACCCUGCAGGAAGGAGGGGGCGCAGAGAGGAGCGGAUCCCUUCAGGCUGGAUUUUGGCCUCCAAGGCCCAGGCUCUUCCAGGAGCCAGUUACCGGGCUCUCUGCCGCUUCCACCAACCGAUGCAGUGAAUUUUCCAAAAGAAGAAAAAAAAAAUCUGAUCAACAAGAACAAAGGCUGCAGACUUGUGUGGCCCGUGGGGAGAUGCUGGGGUGGAGGGCAUCUCUAGUCUUCCAGAGAGAAGAGGUGUCCAGCCCCUGGCCCACCUCCACCACCAGCCUUCCUCCACCAAAGGAAAAAGUGAUAGAGAGGGUCUUGUGUUUGAGCUCAGGAAAGUAGCCAGGGACCUUGUGCCCUGCCCUACCCCACCCCCACAAAAAAAAGCAGGACAUCAAGGCCCCUCUUAGUUGCCCAUCACCUCUCCACUCCCCACCCCACCCCCACUGUAGUGACUUUGGGCAAUGACCAGGACUGGCAAGUAUCAUUCUGGUCUACUGGCCAGUGGGGAGCAGUGCCCCCUUGUGGUGUGUUCCUGUCCCUUCAGCCAGGGAAGCUGUUCCCUGAUCCAGGCUUCUUGGCCCUGUUCAUCCCAAAACUUUAUUUGUCCCUUGGGGAAACUUCUCCAAACAUUUCACCCUCGGUUGGGGAGCGCAGCCUGGGAGGGAAGUACCCACCCCCUACCCCAGGCCUUCAUCCCCUUGGCCGACCCUGGGAUCCCUUGUGUCAGGGACCUGCCCCUCAGGGCUGCCCCCAAGGCAUGUGGAAAUCUCGGGCAGAAGACAACCAGCCCCUGGUGGUGUUUGGAAUGCCGGCCGCCCCUCCCCCCCCAAGGGGGUGAUUCUUCCUUUAAGACAAGAGGGUCUUGUGUCCCCUCUGCCCAUUAGUGAACCUUGUGACCUCUAUCACACCUUCAUAGGGCUUUAUGGGCAGCCCAGAUCUCAGCCAGAAAGACUUGCCAGUCAAGGGUUAAUAAUCGCCCCUCCCCCCCAGAAAGCUUUUCUCUUUCCUGGCUGUCAUGGGACAUGUCCUAAAUUGGAAUGCCAUCCCCGUCUGCUGCUUCCUGAAUGACAAUCAUUCCAAGCUGGGAAUUACAGAUACACCAUUGGCCAGGCUUGUCGGACACAGAAGGGCCAAGCCGAGCUGAGUGUGUGUGCCCCUUGGAGUGGGGGUGAGGGGAAGGGAAGAAGACCUUUCCCAUAAGCCGGCUCCAGUGUUUUACCUUUAAAUGGGACACCUCCUUCCCCUGAGAAGUUUCAAGGAGCUUGGCAUCCAUCAGGGAAUGAGUUGAAGUCAGCUGAAAGGCUUGGGGGGCAGUCUAGUGAGAGGUUUGCUGUGAGAGCCAGAAGAGGUUGGCUAGUGGCCCACCAACGGGCCCCUCGUUGGACUGAGCCUCCCCUAAAAGCCCCUUGCAGGGGCCCUGCCUCCAGCCGGCCCACACCCUGGGCCUCCUACCCUCAAACCCCCCCCCCCCCCCGCCGGGAGAUAGGGUGGCCACCUGUUCUGAAGAUGAAAUGCGUUUCCUGUAUAAUCUCCCAGCGUCAGUACUGUCUCCUAUUCCUGUAAUUCCCUGCCCCCACCAUCACACACACCCCACUAGGGGCAGUUGGUCCCAUAUAGCUUGAGCUGAGAGGUUUCCCACCUGUCCCAGUCUGUUCAGGAGGCCCUGCCAACCCGGGAGGAGGCAGGGUGGGGGAGGGAGGCCCAUUUCUUGCUUCUGGAGUGCCUUUCCCCAGGACCUGGGCUGAGAGCUCUUUCCUCUAGGAUAAUGGAUGCUUCCUCAGAUACAGAAGGGCUAGGGAUGUAGCCUGUCCCAUGUCCCUGGCACCAGCCUGUGAGGGGAGACUCUGCCCUCCCCUUUAGGGGAUGGGCCUGGAUGGUGGUGAGGGGUGGGCAGGCCGCCAGGCAGCUUUAGGGUGGGGAGUCAUGAGUCCCUGGAGGGAGGGAAUGGCUAUAUUCUAGUGAUCCUCUGAAGGGACCCUUCCCCCCAAGGGACUUCUCUCUCCUGGCCUGUGAUCUGGGGCUAUUCUGGACACAGACCUCCUGCUGGCUCACUUCUAGUUUCAUUUUUAAAAAAUGAAAUGUAACAAAAUCUCUAUUUAAUAAAGGAAGGAUUUAUUGGUCAA